UUAAGAGUUGAAGCAGCAGCAACCUUUUUACUUAUAUUGUGUUCUACAAAACAACAUUUCUAUCUUGUUGUUUCAGCUGAGAAGGCCAGUAUGCAGGACCAUUCAGAAAAUGUGGGUGAGGCACCUAUCAAUCAUUACUGGAGGGAUGUUCUUGCACAGAUUAGAACUGAUGGAAAACCUAAAUACUCCAAGCUGGGGAAGGUUGUGAAAUCUUCACUGAUUCUAGCUCAUGUAAAUGCAGACAUAGAGAGGGUAUUCUCUGUAAAUAAGCAUUUGGUGACUACCAAAAAAGCAUCAAUGAGUGCAGAAACCACCAAUGCUGUUAAGAUACCUAAAGAUGCUGUGAGGUUCUUUGAUCCAGGAAUGGGAAGGCCAGAACAUGUGCCAAUUACUAAAAAGCUUUUGCUUGCUGUCAAGGGUGCUUACACUGCCUAUGAACAAAGAUUGGAAGUAAUGAAAGCCGAAAAAGAGAAAACAGACCAACUGACCAAAGAGUCAAAAGCUGAGGCAGAAAGGUUAAAGGAGGAAGCAGAUAAGAGGAAGGAACAAACACAAGAGUUGGUAAAAAACAAUGCUGCACUUUCUCAAGAAGAAGACAAAUUGUGUGCCAAAGAAAAUGAAGCAAAGGAUUCAUUAAGUGUGGGUGAGAAGCUCUUAAAUGAAGGGAAUGACAAAUUGGCUAAAGCUAUCAAAGAAACAGAUUUUGCUGCUGCUGCUAGUGUGGUUCAUGCAAUGAUCGAGGCAGGUCAGAAGAAAUGCAAAGAGACCUCAAACGUCCUUAAAUCAACAAUGGAAUCAAGGCAAACCCUGGCAAAACAAAACGAAAAUUUUUUGAUACAUUAGCAAAGGAUCUGGAUUUGCCAGCAAAAACAAACAUGUAUAAGAAAGAAUAUUUGUUAACAUGUAGAAUGUAGAAUUACUUUAGUAGAUUUAGAAGAUUAUAGUUAAUCUUCUGCUCCACAGUAAGUAGCCUAUAGACAAAUGUGCAGUACCUCGUGUUCAGAGACUGUUGUAGUGAUAAGUCUGUGUUAUAAAGUUUAUUUAAUUCAGAUUAACUGUUUGUAGUUUCAUUUUUGCUAUUGCUCUAGUCUGGUUGACAUGUGCUAUGAAAAUAAAUUGUAUUUAAGUAUCUCUGAUAUUUGCUUACAUAAUUGAGAUUAAGGAUAUUACGUUAAUGUUUAAAUAUUUACUCAUUAAAUGUUACAAUAUACAUAUUUUUUACUAUAGCUUAAUUGAGUCAAAUAAAAAUAAAAUGCAUCAUGUGUUAAAUGUGACAAAAAUAUUAGUAACUAAGUGUGACUCAUGCACAUGAUUUAUACCACAUCAGAUUGUUAGCUUAUUCCAAUAGAAUAUUAACAUGUAUGUUGGUACAGAUUUUGAAUCUAUUUACAUGUUUUUGUAGUCAGCCUUCAUAUUUGUUUUAAUGUUAAUAAAAUGGUGGAGCAGGAGUGACUAUACAA